UGCCUCUGCCGAAGCGAGCAGCUUCAUUCGGGGAGCGCGAGCCUCGCAGCCGCCGCCGCCACCACUGACCACCCGACCGACCGCCACAGCCAGCGUCCUCCGCGAUGUCGGCUAAUGCUGCUGCCCCACCUGCGGCUGCCGGAGGAGAGGCCGGGGGUCCCCCCGCCCCACCACCCAAUCUCACCAGUAACCGGAGGCUCCAGCAAACCCAGGCUCAAGUGGAUGAGGUCGUGGAUAUCAUGCGAGUGAACGUGGACAAGGUCCUAGAGAGAGAUCAGAAGCUUUCGGAGCUGGAUGACCGCGCCGAUGCCCUUCAAGCCGGAGCGUCUCAAUUCGAAACCAGCGCCGCCAAGCUUAAGCGCAAAUACUGGUGGAAGAACUUAAAGAUGAUGAUAAUUCUGGGGGUGAUAUGCGCCAUUAUCUUGAUCAUCAUCAUUGUUUACUUCAGUACUUAGUGGAAAUUCUCCGAGACAUUUUCCCAACCAGGAGCAGCGGCCGGGAGAGGCGCACGGGGCCGAGUCUUCCAGCGCCAGUUACCCCCCCACACCCCACCCCCGACCCCCACCUUACAUCCCCCCCCCCC